GUUGGUACGGUCCGGCCGCGGCACCGCCCCUCUCCCGCGCCGCUUCCGCCUUUCCGCCCCGCGCCGCCCGCCAUGGCCAAGAUCAAGGCCCGAGACCUGCGCGGGAAGAAGAAGGAGGAGCUGCUGAAGCAGCUGGAGGAUCUCAAGGUGGAGCUGUCGCAGCUGCGCGUGGCCAAAGUGACCGGCGGGGCCGCCUCCAAGCUGUCCAAGAUCCGAGUGGUGCGCAAAUCCAUUGCCAGAGUGUUGACCGUCAUCAACCAGACCCAGAAGGAGAACUUGAGGAAGUUCUACAAGGGCAAGAAGUACAAGCCCCUGGAUCUGCGACCCAAGAAGACGAGGGCCAUGCGGCGCAGGCUCAACAAGCACGAGGAGAACCUGAAGACCAAGAAGCAGCAGAGAAAGGAACGUUUAUACCCAGCCCGGAAAUUCGCCAUCAAGGCAUAGCCCCGGGCCAGCUGCACUCGCAGGAAGGCUCAUUAAAUGCAGUUUGCUUUGCAA